CUUUGUGCACAUUGAGCCCUUGUAAUAAUGAGUGUGUUGCUAAAGUACAUAAAGUGGUGAUAACGUGCGUCAGUGAGCGGUGGCAGUGAGGCAGCUGAGGCUCAGGGAAGGUCGCCGUGUGACGUUGAGUCAUCCUACACAAUAUUGUUAGUGGUUACCUUGAGGCAAGACACCUGUGAAAGACAACAAGGAUGGAAAGCUCAUCAAAUAUGCCGCUGGAAUGGCUGUUUGGUCGGAAAAUGACACCAGAGGAAAUGCUGAGAAAGAAUCAGCGUGCCUUAACCAAAGCCAUGCGAGAUUUGGAUCGAGAGAGAUCAAAGAUGGAGCAACAGGAGAAAAAAAUAAUUGCUGAUAUCAAGAAGAUGGCAAAAAUGGGACAAAUGGAUGCAGUGAAGGUGAUGGCAAAGGACCUUGUUCGGACACGACGGUACACCAAAAAGUUCAUCAUGAUGCGUGCACAGAUCCAAGCUGUAUCACUUAAAAUUACAACACUGAAGAGCCAAAAUGCCAUGGCCCAAGCAAUGAAGGGGGUGACGAAGGCCAUGAUGAACAUGAACAAGCAACUGAAGCUCCCACAGAUCCAGCAGAUAAUGCAGGAAUUUGAAAAGCAGACUGAAAUUAUGGACAUGAAAGAAGAGAUGAUGAAUGAUGUUAUAGAUGACGCCAUGGGUGAUGAGGAUGAUGAGGAGGAGAGUGAUGCUAUUGUGUCCCAAGUCCUAGAUGAGCUUGGCCUCCAAAUGACAGAGGGUUUGAGUGAGCUCCCAUCUGCUGGUGGAACACUUGGAACAACUGCUGCCUCAAAGACACCUGUAGCUGUAGCAGAUGCUGCAGAUGAAGACAUCCAGGCCAGAUUGGAUAAUCUCAGGAGAGAGUGAAUAUAAAAGGAUUGGGAGUGCAGUAUGAUCAGUGAACAUGAACUGCUUUUUCACGUGUUGAUUAUAAAGUUGUUAUUAAAUUGUAUAAAAUAGUCUGUAUGAUCCACUGAUAAUCAAUCUACAUAAUGGCAACAAAUAUAUGGUCACAAAUACUAUAUGUAGUACUGUACAUGCUCAGACACUUGAUGUUUGCAUACAUGAAUAUGCAGGCAGUCCCCGAGUUACAAAUGCCUGACUUAUGAAUGAGAUCCCAGUAUAUUCAUCACAAAAAUCAGUUCCUAAAAUCACAUUUUUUAUAUUAAUUUCAUUAGUCUAUAUUGUUUAACACCACUUUAUUCACAGUAUCUUACGGACAGGGUCCAGGAAUGUAACCAGUUCAUAACUCGGAGACUAUCUGUAUUGGGAUAUCUUUGGUUGCAAAUGAAUGUAUCAAGUCUAAUGACAAUUAAAAUCUUUUGAAUAAUGUUCCUACUAGAAGAAAAAACAGUAUUUACCACUUCUUAAAUCAACAGUUUUUAUGGCUUUUAUAGUUAUUGGUUGGCUUUAGUUAUUAAUAUGACAGUGUAUUGAUCCCAUUGUACUGAUUAACAGUAAACAGUUGCUUCAGAUUAUUUAUUUUACUUUAAUGUUUAUUGCUUGUGUUGCAGGUGAGAUAAAGGAAUCACUUUGUUUUGUAUGCAGGUGGGUACUGAUUGUUCUGCAGAUCAAUGAAACAAUUUAUUGGCAAGUCUGCACAGUAUACUGUUUGUAGAAAUGGACUUCACUCAAGUCUACCCUGAUGAAAAAUUAAGAACCAGAGAAGAGAGAAA